AGACUAUGACAGCUGGUGGUCGCAGCCAGAUGAACGGUCUUACCGGGACUGAAGGAAUCUGGAUCGGGACAACCGAUGGAUUUAUAGAAAUUCCCAGAAAUGUAUCGGAAUGGGAUUCUGCAUGGAGGAAGGAAGGCUGUUAUUCUGCAGAGGGCAUCCACUAUGAGUACGCUAUGAACAGUUCCAUGGAAUGUACAAACUUGCAGCCUUGGUUUUUAAUGGAACAAGGAGGCGAGUUGAGUGGUUUCGGAUUACAGGGAUUCGGUAAUACGACUUACGAAAAUCGUGACUGGCACGAACACUUUGCACCAAAUUAAUUUAGAGACGUGAUACCGACAAC